UGUCACAGCUGCCUCACAGCCCUGAACAGCAAAGCUUAGAGCUUCUGAGACACUUUCUCCUCACGGACUCUUCCUCAGCAAUUUCCCUAAGUGGAUUAUAGAAAACCUUCAGGUUCCAGCAAUAAUGAAACUGCUCGUUCAGACUUUCUUCUGCUGGUGUCUUUUAGCCUCCGUUGCGCCCAGCGUGGAUGGGGCAAAGCUGGCUCUGAGUUCAGAAAUGAAAAAGAGGCUGAGCAUCUGGCUGCAAAGCAGAACGAAAAGGGACUCAAACAGCGUGUCCGCAGUGGGCGAUGCAGAGGCGAUGCAGUUUGUCAGACCAGAAGAUGUCAAAGACACGUUAAAGCCUCAUUCCAGCACGGACAUCGGCAUCCGGGCAAAGAGGUCCUCUACCAGCCGGGCCAGGAGGUCGGGCUGCUCCUUGCCCACCUGCUCCGUGCACGAGCUGGCGCACCGGCUGCACGUGCUCAACAACAAGUACAAGGUGGACAACGCCCCCCUGGAAAAGAUCAGCCCGCUGGGGUACGGCAGGAGGCGCCGCUCCCUCCCCGAACGCCGGGUCUCCCUGAGGCUGGAGGGGGGUCGGCUGCGGCCCGUGUGGCGCGAGGCGGACAGCCGGGUGCACAAGCUGGAGGCUCUCCUCCGACGGACAUGAGCGAGGAGGGAGGAGAAGGAGGGGAGAGAGAGGGAGGGAGGGAGGCGGGGGAACGUCCCGCCGCCGUCCCGUCCCGUCCUCCCCCCCCUCCCGCCCUCGCCCCCGGCCGAGCUCCUCUGGCCGAUUCCAAAAUUCUACAGAUGCCUCAGAGUCCUGCCAAGAGCGCUCCAGCACAUUCUUUCCAGGCGCGAGAACGGGAGACCCGCCACGUCUCCGAGGGACCAGGCUCACUGGAAGCGUCGCCGACGCAGAGCACAACAACAACUG